ACCUCACGAAGUGCAGAUAUGGCCGACAAAACGCCGCCUCAGAAAUCCAACUCUCCAUACGCAGCCAGGAUAGACCCAACCAAAGAGGGUCUUUCUCAAGAUCAAAUGCAUUUUAUCAGACAGGUGGAACUGGAACAGUGGAAGAGGAGAACGUCGAAGCUGCGGACACGAAACGUGGUGACGGGACUCGCUAUCGGUGCGCUCGUGUUGGGAAUUUACGGCUACACAUUUUACUCAGUCUCCCAGGAGCGGAUCAUGGAUGAGAUCGAUGAGGAGGCCAAGCGUGCGAGAAUGCAGGGACCAAAAACCGGUGCCAACUGAGAUUUAAGUGUCAUCUGCUUGUUGUUGGACUUUAUUUCUGUCCUGCACUUAACGAGGAGGAGGACUCAUGAUGCCACUGAUCAUAUUCCAUGGCUGCUGUGUUCUUUUUUGUAAUGUUGAGACAGCUGGACUUGGUCUUGAUUUGAAGGCAAUUGUGUGGCUGACUUAAAACUAAGUGCGGUGUAGUUUUGAAGAAGUUUCCUGUCAGUGGUAAGGACCAAUCCGCUGACUUGAUCAUGACCUUAGAAGCUACACUGUAGCACAAUCGGCACCCUUUAUCUGAUGUUUCCAGCAAUGAUUAAAAUAAAGGGAAUAUAAAAAAAUAUCAGUCAGCUAAUGACUUAAAAAUCUACAGUGGCCUUCAACAAUAGAGAAUGCCAGUGACACUGCAAAAAUAACAUUAUUUAUGCUAAUAAAGUUUUGAUUUAUGAAAUAAAA